UGACCUUAUUCUGCAGCAGCUAAAGCUACAAAAUCCAGAAAUCCUGAUGGAAGACUGGUCGGUUCUCAAGACCGAAGAACCGCAAAAACACAGCCAAUCGUACUUACUUCUUAUCAACGAAGAAUGCUUGCCAGUCAUUGAGGCUAAUGACUGCAAGCUGCGUUACGGCAUCCGGAAGGCAAAAAUUAAAAUCUUUAAAAACGCGCCACCGGAUAAUAUUCUGGAUGAGGUUGAGGGCACUAGUAAGCUGCUAGAUGACCUCAUCAUCGAUAGCAAACCUUGUUGAUGUAUUAAUGGCCAAGGUCGUGCAGAUAAACCUGAAACACUCUAAAUGUGCCACGGAUAAUCUGGCUGUCUUACUCAGGGAGGAGGACAUCGACCUUGCCAUCAUCCAAGAGCCCUGGGUUCAUAGCUCAUGUGUCAAAGGGCUCAACAUCAAUGGGUAUAAUCUUUUUUAUGACAAAGGACAGGGUAAGCCUAGAUCGUGCAUUUUAGCAAAAACGCACCUUAAUGCUUUUCUCUGCUCUCACUUAAGUUCUUUAGAUAUAACCACCAUCCGGAUAGAGCGGAAGCUAAAACCUGCGAUUUUGGUAACAUCCGCCUACAUGCCACACGACGAUGAGGCACCUCCAGAGGGGGUACUAUUAGUCCAAAAUUUCGCGCAGACCGAGAAGCUAGCCUUGCUGAUGGGUUGUGAUGCCAAUGCCCGGCACUCCUUGUGGGGAAGCUCGGAAAUUAACGAUAGAGGUGAGUCUCUUUUUGAUUUCAUAUUAAAAUGUAAUCUAGAAGUAUGUAAUAAGGGUAACACUCCCACCUUCAUUUUUCCGAGUACGGAUGAUCGUGUAGGCUGGGAAGAGGUUUUAGAUAUU